UCUCUAGUGCGAACUCAUGCUGGCUGCCAUGUCUCUUGGUCUCUAACCACAGAACUCACACUGGCCACCAUGUCUCUGAGUGCAGAACUUACGCUGGCCACCAUCUCUUUGAGUGCAGAACUCAACGCUGGCCGCCAUGUCUCUAGAUGUAGAACUCAACGCUGGCCACCAUGUCCCUAAAUGCAGAACUCACGCUGGUCACUUGGUCUCUAACCGCAGAACUCACGCUGGUCACCAUGUCUCUAAAUGCAGAACUCACGCUGGCCACCAUGUCUCUGAGUGCAGAACUCACGCUGGCCACCAUGUCUCUGAGUGCAGAACUCACGCUGGCCGCCAUGUCUCUGAGUGCAGAAUUCAACGCUAGCUGCCAUGAGUGCAGAACUCACGCUGGUCACUUGGUCUCUAACCACAGAACUCACGCUGGCCACCAUGUCUCUGAGUGCAGAACUCACGCUGUCACUUGGUCUCUAACCACAGAACUCACGCUGGCCGCCAUGUCUCUGAGUGCAGAACUCACGCUGGUCACUUGGUCUCUAACCACAGAACUCACGCUGGCCACCAUGUCUCUGAGUGCAGAAUUCACGCUGGCCACCAUGUCUCUGAGUGCAGAACUCACGCUGGCCACUGUGUCUCUGAGUGCAGAACUCACGCUGGUCACUUGGUCUCUAACCACAGAACUCACGCUAGCUGCCAUGUCUCUUGGUCUCUAACCACAGAACUCACGCUGGCCACCGUGUCUCUGAGUGCAGAACUCACACUGGUCACUUGGUCUCUAACCACAGAACUCACGCUGGCCACCAUGUCUCUGAGUGCAGAACUCACGCUGGCCACCAUGUCUCUGAGUGAAGAACUCACGCUGGCCGCCAUGUCUCUGAGUGCAGAACUCACGCUGGUCACUUGGUCUCUAACCGCAGAACUCACGCUAGCUGCCAUGUCUCUUGGUCUCUAACCACAGAACUCACGCUGGCCACCAUGUCUCUGAGUGCAGAACUCAUGCUGGUCACUUGGUCUCUAACCGCAGAACUCACGCUAGCUGCCAUGUCUCUUGGUCUCUAACCAGAAC